GCAACACUGCACACAAUUGUCAACAUUUUUAAAGGUUAUGUUUUGUUAAAACUAUUUUUUCUGAUGUUUCUGAGAAUCCACAGGUGAAAAUGGCAGAAAGGUAUUCCCGGCCAAAAGUUGGCGAGACAGAAGAAGAUUUACUUCGAUUGCAAAAAGAGUAUUUCGAGAAUAAAGCCGCAAAUGGUGUUAAAUCUGCUGCAACUGUAGUUAGUGAGAAAAAAGAUGUUGUUGAAAAUGAUAUACAAGAACAAUUGGCAAAUACUUUUGAAGCAAUUCCGAGUACCAUAAAUUUAGGAAAUGUUGUUGAAAAACCAAGUGAUUCAAUUGAAAGUUGUAAACCUUCUGUGUUUAAGUUUAAUAGAAGUAGAGGAUUUCCAGAGGCUAAAAGAAGAGACCUAAAAGUUACAGCUUCAAAUGGCAGUAUAUUUGCACAAAAUAUUAAAAAAAUUAAGAAAAAUGAGUCUCCAAUGGAGGUUGACUUGGUCCCAGCUGGGACAUCUAGUGCAGUUCAAGACAAUUUUAUUGAAAAAUCUGUUAUAAAACUACCAGAACAAAGUUACAUAUUACAAGGGGCUGAUAGUAUGCAGAUACACAAUGGCAAUUUGAAUCUAUUAAAGAAUAUGUCUGAACAAGAAAUAUUAGAGGAAAGAAACAAACUAAUAGAGACAAUGGACCCCGCUAUUGUAAGUUACUUGAAAUCAAGAAGAACUAAGGAGGAAGUGGAAAACAGAAAUCUAACAAUUAAAGAACAAAAUGAGGCUGCCAAAGAAUUGGAUUUGGAAGAAAUUGAAACUACUGUAGAACUUUUAAAGCAGCCAAAAUCAGACAAAUGGUUGAAUUUUGAUGUUGUUGAAUCCAAUAAGUUGGCAUGGAUGAAAAAUGUGCUAGUGCCUAAAAUUGAAAAGCAUGAACAGUUUGAAGCCAGGUUUGAUUUUGAAGGGGGGCUAUUGCCAUAUGCUGAACCGGAAAUAAAUGAAGAAAGCAGAAUUUUAUACCAUCAUGGAGAAGAAUCAGGGAGACCUGGUUAUACCUUUCAAGAACUAUUCCAGCUAUCAAGAUCAAGUGUAAUCCAACAAAAAGUAGUUGCUUUAAACACCAUAGCAAACAUACUGUCCCUGCAAUCGACAGGUAUUUACAACAAUAUAAUAGACAUACCCAUAGAGCAAGUGUUUUUUGUGCUGAGAAUUUGUUUGGAUGAAAACACACCAUCUGUUUUGAAUGGAAGUAUCAAAGCACUGAGAAAUCUGAUUUACCAUCAAAUAGACGAGAGUUGUUUGGAUGGUUUGUUAGGUUUUGGAGUGGGACAUGUACAGCCUAUUCUCGCUAUAGAUAACGCUCUUGAAGAUGACAACACUGUAAAUGAUCAACAAUUGGCCGAAACUAAUAUAAUUAAGUGCUUGGCAAGAACUGAUAUUUUGACUAGAAUCAGAUACAUUCUCAACACAGUACAACCUGCCCUGGAAAGUGUUCUAUACUGUUUGGAAAUAUUGACCAGGCUUGCCAGGGAUUCACAGAUGAUUUUAAAUAGAAUUUUUACAUGUGACGGUCUCUUAGAAAGCAUUAUUUCAAAUUUUCUACCAAAAGUUAAUAAAACCAAUACAAGCAAUUCUUGCUAUGGAUAUCCACUUGUUCAGGCUGUAAAAUUUCUGAGAGUAGUUUCUUGUAGGAAUAAAUUUUAUGCAGAAACAUUGGUAAAUAAGCAUAAAGUAAUGGAUUCGAUUAUUUUAUACCUAUCAAGCGAUAAUUAUUCAGCAAACGUAAAUGGUUUGAGACUACAAAUUGAGUGCAUGCAUUUUUGGAGCAUUCUUAUUAAAUAUCACUUGGCACUUGACUAUUUUAGUGUUCUGCAGCCGGUAUUUUUGAGGAUGUUAGAUUACCAUGUAAAAAAUACACAUUUAGACAAUACAACUACAUUUGUAAGAAAUGGUCAUGUCGCAGCUUUGUUGAUUUUACUUGGUAAUGUGUCCCAAAGAAAAUUUGCAUUGAUACAACCUUUUAUUCCUUUAGUAUUUGAAAGUUGUCUUACCAAAUGGGGAAAACAAUUUGAACAGUUAAACGAUUUCUUUUGUGGGAAACUACAGAUUAUUUCUUCCCUUUUUAACUGUUUAGCAGGUAUUAGACAAACACAACCAGGUUUAAAUCCAUAUUAUACCCAAUCAGAUGAAAUUGUAAAGAGUAUGAUUGCCUCAAAUGGUUUUAAACAUGUGACUCACUUUAUACAGAAUGGUUCCAUGUUAUUAAAUAAUUUUGAAACUUAUAAAUCCAGCAGUAAUUUGAAAAAUAUUGAAGGUGCUGCUUGGGAUAAUGCAGAACAUGUGGUGCCAGUCAUUUUGACAAAAAGUUGUAUACCAUUUAUGUACAAUUUAACUAAAUACAUUGAAAUUUGUUCAGACAAUAAGCUUAAGCUAAAAUUAUUAAGACAUCAAAGUAUCAACAAUUAUAUACAAUCCCUGAAGAAAUUGGAGCAAUUUUAUUUAACAGGCAAUUGGUUUACCAGAACAGAAAGCUUUCUAGUAAUGAGUUUAUUAAAAAUAUCUGUUGAUUUACAAAAAGAUAUUGAUACCUCUAUUUAUUAUGAACUAGCUGUAAAAAGCCUUUGUACUUUUAAUUCUGAGCAAAAAAGCGACAUUGAAUUUAUUUUAAAGAAUAUCAUAUUUGGCCCCAAAUUUUACCCAAGUGAUAUUUUAAUGGAAAAUUUAGAGAUUUCGCAAAGAUCCAGCACAUUGGAAGUUUCCUUGGGUAAUUUGGGAGAAAUUUUGGAUGUGUAUACAAAAGUUUUAGGUCUGAAAAAUAAUGUUGUUGACUUUUCAACUCAACUAUCUGUAGACAUAAGUAUAGGAAAUGUAAUACCAAUAGACUGGAUAUACACUCCCAUUCUAGUUCUUUACACCCAUCAACAGCAACAUAAACACAGUAUACAAGAAGCUCACCAAAUUUACACAAUUAAAAAUUGCUUGAGAUGGAUUUUAAUCUACGAAACUUACUUUUCAACUUUGGCCGCCUCCAUCAAUUGUACCGACAGAUUUUGCAGACUUGCCUGUGUAUUUUUGGGCAGCGAUGGUUUAUUUUUAAGUCCGGAAAUUCACGAGUUAUUGGAGUUGUGUUUUAAGAAUGUUAUGAAAUUUGAAAGGGAACUUAAUUUCACCAAGGAUAUACAAGGUCUGACUAAUUUCCAUGAUUUUUACACACAUCUUUUAGAGCAAUAUCAAGGUGUGAGUUAUGGCGAUCUGCUAUUUGGUAAUGUAAUAUUGGUACCACUGGCUCAAAAACAUUUAAGGCAAUACAAGAAAACUUUAUGGUCCGAGUAUAUGGGAGUAGUACAAAUAUUUAAUGUUACCAGGGAAAAGUUGUUGAGUUCAAUAGAUCUAUAUUUGGAACCAGUUGAAGAAGAUAUGUCUCUAAUAAAAUCUUACCAAGGAGCUUUAAUGUGUAAUAAUGUAAGACCAAAUUCAGUUUUAUAUGAAAUUGCAUCAUUUCAUGUAAACAAGUGUAUAAAUAAAAUUAAAAAAUAAACCAAUUUUUAUAGUUGUU